GCGAGACGUGGGUAGGCUGCGCGCGCGCGGCGUGAGUGGCGGACACGGAGCACUCGGGACCUUCCCUGCAGCGGGCCCGGGACGCCCACCUCUCCGCUUCCCGCUGACUCCUCGCUGCGACCCCCGAGCUCUCGUGGGACACGCCGAGGAGCGAGGGGGGCCAAGCCGGAGAGGCCUCGUGCAGCGGCGCUCUCCUCAGCGGCUGCUGCAGAGAGACAUGAGGGGCGGUUCCUGGCCUCGGAACCGUGUUGCGGGUUCGGGGUCUGCCAGUUAGGGGUACUCCGCGGACGGUUGGGCCCCUCCUCGUGGAAGCCUCGCGGCGGGCGCGGGGACCGAGGGGGCACAUGUUCCCGAGGAGGCCGCCGGCCGCCCUGGCCGCCUGGUUGGCGGGCACGCGGGGCGGGGGCCUGCUGGCCGUGCUGGCCAAUCAGUGCCGCUACGUGACCGGGCUGCGCGUGCGGCGCGCGCAGCAGAUUGCGCAGCUGUACGGCCGCCUGUACUCGGAGAGCUCGCGCUGCGUCCUACUCGGACGCCUCUGGCGCCGGCUGCGCGGCCGGCCCGGCCAUGCCUCUGCCUUGAUGGCGGCGCUCGCCGGGGUCUUCGUGUGGGACGAGGAGAGGAUCCAGGAGGAGGAGUUGCAGAGGUCCAUUAAUGAGAUGAAACGGUUGGAGGAAAUGUCCACGAUAUUUCAUAGCUCUGGAGCUGAGUGUCGCCCUCCUGAACCAAGGUCCCCAGCAGAAGGAAGUGAAGAGGUGAAGGACAAGGAGGAACCAUGGGAAAUGGUGAUGGACAAGAAACACUUCAAACUGUGGCGACGCCCAAUUUCGGGCACCCACCUUUACCAGUACCGAGUUUUUGGAACCUACACAGAUGUGACACCUCGGCAGUUCUUCAAUGUUCAGAGUUUACCUGUGGCUCCAGCUAGUCAGGAACUACAUAGAAGUGGAUGGCCUCAUAGAGAUCUACUUGCCUCUGCCCCCCAAGCACUGGGAUUAAAGCUGGAUACAGAGUAUAGGAAAAAGUGGGAUGCCCUUGUGAUUAAGCUGGAGGUGAUCGAGAGAGACGUUGUUAGUGGUUCUGAGGUUCUUCAUUGGGUAACACAUUUUCCUUAUCCAAUGUACUCUCGGGAUUAUGUUUAUGUUCGGCGAUAUAGUGUGGAUCCGGAAAACAACGUGAUGGUGUUAGUAUCACGUGCUGUGGAGCACCCCAGUGUUCCAGAGUCUCCAGAAUUCGUCAGGGUCAGAUCCUAUGAAUCCCAAAUGGUUAUCCGUCCUCACAAGUCAUUUGAUGAGAAUGGCUUUGACUACUUAUUGACAUACAGUGACAAUCCCCAGACGGUGUUCCCUCGCUACUGUGUCAGUUGGAUGGUUUCCAGUGGCAUGCCAGACUUCUUGGAAAAGCUGCACAUGGCUACCCUGAAAGCCAAGAACAUGGAGAUCAAAGUGAAGGACUACAUCUCAGCUAAGCCUCUGGAAAUGAGCAGUGAGUCCAAGGCCACUGCUCAGUCCCCGGAGCUGAAGAAUGAGGGUAGCUGUGGCCCGGCUCGGAUUGAGUAUGCCUGAGGAAUAAGAAGAGAUGGGCCCUUCUGGCCCUGUCUUGGCCCCUCAGCUCUCUGCUACAGGACAGGGACAAGCCACAUGUAUUAGAAGGCACCUGCUGUAACUAUCAGUGCAAGAUAAUUCACUAACUGGAGUCUGAUUCCAUUUGGAGCCCUAUGUUUUUACCAGAAGACAGUGGCAUUGUGGAAAUGUUAUAUCCUCAAGCCAACCAUUUUGAAAUUCUGUAUUUUGCUGAGCUAAUCUGGAACAAACCUCUCACCUCAGGCCAGAAAGGGAUGGCUUCCAUCUGCUUCCUCUGAGUAGUUUCCUUGCUGACAUUCCAAAUCCCAUCAUUGGUUGUACAGCGCUCUGGAUGUCCUUCAGUUCUGCAGUUUCACCUGGAGAGUGGUUGGCCCCGUUUCUCAGUGAAGGGUCACUGGGAGUACUCUUGGUAACAGUCUGGUGAAUCGGUGUGAACAAUACUUGGCCAUGCUAAGUGCCUUGUCUUCACCUUGUUUUUAUCCUUAGAGACACAAACUUUGUACCAAGAGAUUUCCCCACCUGCAAAAUACUACUGCUUUGACUCAUCUGAUUCAAAGCUGUUUUCAUCUGAACUGACCGUUCUGUGUUUAUGCACUGUGCUCACUGGAUCAUUGCCUCCUCUUUAGCCUUAGCCCAUGUGUUGGGAGUACUGGUGAUACUUUAGACAAUAGCUUUCUAUUAAUAGAUCAUCAGUGUUUUGAUAGGGUCAGUGGAAGUGCACAAAACACAUUUAAACAUUAAUUUUUUAAACCCUUGUAACAAAAUGGAGUUGGGGAUUUGAGCAUGAUUUCUCCAUAGUCCUAUUUGAAAAAUACAGUGUUUUGUUCUGGUAGUUCCCCACUACAGAUUUGACUAAUUGUCCUAGAAGGCUAAAGGCAGCAGAUGAGGGCUGUGCUAUUCCCUCAGAACUCAGAGCUAUAGGCAUGCCAUGUGGGCUAAUAGAUGGAAUCUUGCCCCAGUACCAAUAUGGUGGUAGAGAUGUGGUGUAUGUGACCCUCUUUAUCCUCUAAAAAGUUUUCCUCCUCUUUCCAGAGCCAAAAUAAAAGCAAGCCACACAGUUUAGAUAAGGUCACAACCAGAUGGUAUCGGGUGGGAUCAAGUGUUAAAUCCUCCUCCUUUCCCUUUUUCCUGGAGUUUGAAUCCUGAUUUUUUUUCCUUUCCCCUGCUUGCUACCCUGUUGUGUUGAAAAAGGAAACUAAAUCUGGGACUAAACUUAAAACUCUUUCUAACCUUCUUGUUGCCUGUUCAGUUCUGUGCCAAGGAAACAACCAGCUGCCUCAGUGUUUCAUGUCUUCUUUGAGUUGUUGGCAGAGCAGAGAUAAAUGAGCAGUCCCAGUGUCUUCAGUGAGCAUUUGUCUUCUCUCUCCAGACCUGACAGAAACCAGGGAGGAAUCCCUGGGUUAUGUCUGAAGUUAGUGUUUGUGAUGGUGAAUGGUAUGUAUGAGUGUGUGAGUGUGUAUGUGUGUCUGCGUGUGUUUGUGCGUGCAGGCGUGUAUGGGUGCUAGGCAGUUAUGGUUGCCCCUAGUUCUGACUUAACGGUGAUUUGACUCUGUAAAGUUACUUAUGUCAUAAUGACUUUGUUCCUAAUGGUGACAUUUUUAUCAAAUGUGUGAAUAAAUACAUAAAGAUUGGUACAGAAGAGUUUGUCAUUGAACAUUGUGCUGGGGAAAUUGUGCAUGUUGGGCUUAUUUCAUCCUGAUCACAAAGUUGAAAGAGACUACCUGAGUUGGUGUGGGUGGUUGAUAGAUCAUGGCUGACACAAAGCUGCUCUGCCUGACCCUAAGUGACCAGCUUGUCCAGAUGUGAGCCCUAAGUGACCAGCAUGGCAACUAAAAAUAAAUCACCUGUCUCUAGUG